AACAUCUCACAACCCUAUGGACCUCCAUGGCCUGUUACAGGGAUACCUUUACGUUUACUUACUUUUACUUACUAUUUGCAUUUAUACGUUGUUCAUUCCAGAGGCAUGAAAUAUUCAUAUAAUUGUCACUACCACCACCGCCGCAUAUGCAUGCGCACUCACACAAGUUUGCCAAAAUUGUGCUUCAUUCUGUCCAAUCCUUCCCAGGGAUAAGUGGAUAUUUCACAAUUUUUAAUGUGUCUUUAUUUUAAUAUAUUGUUGUCAGGCAUUGUUGAUAUUUAUUGGACUUUGUUGUGCGAGAGAUGAAGUAUACUGGCUGUUGUGACACAGUGAUAAUCCACCACAACAGAAAGGCAAAGGAAAAACAGCAGAAGAUUUGGUUGAUCGUCAGUUACCAGAAUUGCUCUUUCAUAUGGAGGAAUUAUGAGGACUAAAGUUCCAGUUAAAUUCAUCCUGCAGUCGGAGAGCAACUUCCAACCUCACAAGCAGCCAGCCUACGAAUGUUCUCUCUGCAGACGAAUUCUGGUUCAGAAGUACAGCCAAGUCAUGCAGCGUUACUAUGUCCAGUACCUUACAGUAUAUAAUGCCAUUUCUCUAAACCAGAUGGUUUGGAAUCUACAAGUGUGCCCUGAAGAUGAAAGUAUCGUUCUGUCUUCCAUUUGCAACACCAUUCAGGGCCUGUCUGUGAAACAAGGUAAUUGUAUAAUGUCAAUAAUCAUAUUCUGUUUAUAAGAUUACACAUAUUUGGUGAGGUGGUGGAUGUAGCCAAUCGGAUUAGCUUAAUCCAUCAUAUAAUCUCCACAUAAAAUAUAUCAUACCCUUUCCUGUAAAAUGAUCUGUUGUUAAUAUUAAUGUAUGAGCCUAGUUUUUUAUUCAGUUGGAAUUUAAAAUGUGAAACAAAACAAAAUUUAAAAAGAACUUCCUAUUUAUAAGAACAUCCAGCCCUCUUGAAAAAGUGAGGCCGUGGAGAGUGUCUUGGAAUUUAAAUCCUAUUCCUCAAGAGGCUAAAAAUAUUGUGACGUGUCGCGCUAGCUGGACCCCACCCCCGGAGCUGACGCGCCGAGCGGA